AUGUGGCGAUGGUCAGGGUGUUGAUGUGUCGAUGGCGAUGACCCGUGCCUAGGGGGCGCUCUCCUCACCCCUCUUCUCUCCGCCUCCUCUUCCUCUGCUCCCGGUCGCGACGACAUCGAAAUCAACGAAGAGAGACGGUGAGGAGGAGAGAGCGGGAAGCCGAGGAGGAGAGAGGGGAGACGACGAGGAGGAGGAGAGAGGGGAGACGAGGACGACGAGGAGGACGACGAGGAGGAGGAGGGGGGGGACCAUCGUCGUGUGGCCGGACCCGACUCGGACAUGGCGGGCGCUGCAGGGGAGCAAGACUUCAGCUUCGUGAGCCCCUUGAUCAAAUAUCUCCUCUUCUUCUUCAACUUCGUCUUCUGGGUGAUAUCAGUGGUGGUGCUGGCGGUCGGGGUCUAUGCCAAGGUGGAGAAGAUUGCAGACGCUGCGGUGGCGACGCUCAUCGCCGACCCGGCCGUGCUGCUGAUUGUGGGCGGAGGCCUCAUGUUCCUCAUCACGUUCUGCGGCUGCAUAGGCGCGCUGCGCGAGAACAUCGUGCUGCUGCAGAUGUUCUCCGUGUGCCUCGCCGUGGUGUUCCUACUCCAGCUCGCGGCCGGGGUCUUGGGCUUCGUCUUCUCCGACAAGGCACGUGUCCGGAUUAGUAAACUGAUCAACAAAGGCAUCGUUUAUUACCGUGAAGACAUCGACCUGCAGAACGCCAUCGACUACGGCCAGCAGGAGUUCGAGUGCUGCGGCGGCGCGACGUACAAGGACUGGAGCCGGAACAUGUACUUCAACUGCUCGCUGGAGAACCCGAGCCCCGAGCGCUGCGGGGUGCCCUUCUCCUGCUGCCUCGCCCAGCGCGACGAGGCCGUGCUCAACUCCAUGUGUGGCUACGGCGUCCAGCAGCAGGAGCAGCUGGAGGCCGCACGCUCGGUCCACACAAGCGGCUGCAUCGACAAACUGGUGGCCUGGGCCCACGGGCACCUCUACCUGCUGGGCGGCGUCGCCCUGGGCCUCGCCGUGCCGCAGCUGGUGGGGAUCAUGCUGGCACAGCUCCUGAUCAACCAGAUCAAGGACCAGAUCGAGCUGCAGCGCUACAACCAGCUGCACCGCGCCGACCAGUGGCGCACCUAGCGGCCACAGCGCCGCCACACAGCUCCUCGCACACCGCAGUCACCCCGACUACACUCACCCCCACUACACUCACCCCCACUACACUCACCCCCACUACACUCACCCCCACUACACUCACCCCCACUACACUCACCCACUCUACACUCACCUCCACAUUCACCCACACUCCUGUGGACUCACCUAAUUUUCUACACUUCCCUACACCCCUGCCUUACCUGUAAAACAUGAAUUCACCCCUAAGUGGUGGUGACAUGA